GUAACGGCUGUAAACUUAACCAUUCCUUUUUUUUUUUAAAGUAGCAUCUUAACAAACUCGUUUUAAAUAGUGAAAUAAUUUCCCACCGUUUAAUAAGUCGUUGCUUUAAACAAUUUAAUUAAAAAAAAGCCUCCGUUUAAUAAUUCAAGAAACGACAACAUUAAAUUUUCUGACUGUAUCACGUACGUCCCGGCGCUCAUGGGAUUUGUAGUCUUCUCUUGCGCGUGCGGACGCUUACAAUGGCACUAACGGAGCGCUGAAAAAGACUACAAUUCCCAGGAUGUUUCCACGCGCUGUUUCUAACAGAUGUGCAGACCUGUGUCGCUUCUCUCUCUGUGUUGUUACGAAGAUCAUCAGUACCCGGCGGGGUUGUUUCUUCAGACCAACAAACCCUCGCGCUAUCAUUUUACUUAUUGAAGGAUGUCAGAACUCAGCGAUGAAGCGAGCGAGUCGGAGCAGCUGGGCUCGAGUCUGUCUGUGUGGCUGGCUGAUAGCGGGAGUGGUCAGGAAGAGCUCGACGUGCCACUGGACCUCCAUACCGCCUGCUCCAUCGGCCAGUACGACGUGGUUGCCGAGUGCAUUCGCAGACGAAAAGUAGACGUGGAUGGAAGGAACCUCGGCGGUUGGACACCGCUCAUGUACGCGGCGUAUAUCGGUCAUGACAACAUCGUUAACCUGCUUCUGGAAUCCGGGGUUAGCGUCAACGCUAGCACUGCUAAGGGGCUGACCCCACUAAUGCUAGCUGCUAGCUGUGGAAAUGAGAGCAUCGCUUACUUCCUGCUCCAGCAAGGGGCGGAGCUUGAGCGUAAGGACGGACGGGGUUGGACAGCUCUUCUGCACAGCACGAGCACUGGACAUCAACAGAUGGUCAAGUUUCUCCUGGACAACAACGCAAAUGCCAACAUCAAAGAGCCUGUGUUUGGGUUCACCCCACUAAUGGAGGCUGCAGCAUCAGGCCACGAGAUCAUUGUCCAGUAUCUUCUUGACCGUGGUGCACGAGUCGAGGAGAGGAACUUCAGGGGCGAGACGUCGAGAGUUUUAGCCAUGAUGUACGGCCACACGAAGAUCGCGAGCCUCAUAGACAUGCACUGCCUGAGAGCAAAAACAGGCGCGUACGAGGAGCUGAGCUCAUCAGAGGAAGACAGCGCAGCACCAAAAGCUAGGUCAAGCCGCAGCAGAGCCAGAGGCCCGAGCAUACACGACGGCCCACAGGCCAUAGCUCGCUUUAAAGUCACCCCGAAACAUGAUCCGCCGUUGGCUCCGCCCGGCUACGUGACGUUCCGUGACGUGGGCGAACAGAACGAGGGCAUCUGCAACCGUGACGUCACUUCCCCCAUUAACGAACUGGACGGCCAGAGCAACAGCAGUCGAGGUCGAUCUCUAGAUUGCUUAUUGGUCGUUGUACACACACAAAAAAACAACAACAAUAUUUUGUGUGUGUAUGUGUGUAUAGAUGAGCUGUUCUUUGAUAAUGACAUGCCAACAAUACGGAGCAGCAGCAGCAGCAGCGAGGGUCUGCCCCGCCUCCUCGGUCUCAGCAGGGAAGCAUCGCUAGAGAGCAAUGAGGACUCAGAUCAGGCGAAGAGGAGCUGCCCCCGGCGACCCAGCAAGUCCCAUCACUCCAAGGCCAAGAAUCGUCAUAGUAACAGCGACUCUGCUGGGAAUUAUGGGACGGCGGCUCAGUCCGGACCUCUCCCGUCUUACACAGGCCCCAAGGACCUGGCAGAAUUCCUGGAGCAGAUAGGCUUUAGUAAAUAUCUCCCUUUGCUAGAGGAGCAGGAUAUCGACCUGAGAAUCUUCCUCACACUGACUGAAAACGAUCUCAAAGAAGUAGGCAUCACGUUGUUUGGCCCCAAGAGGAAGAUGACGUCAGCAAUAGCCCGUUGGCAUAGUAACGCCCGGCCACCAAGCGACUCGUUAGAGCAAGCGUACGCUGACAAACUUGAGGCCGAGAUGCAGGAGUUGGCUAUUCAGCUCCAUAAGCGCUGUGUCGAGGUGGAGUCCCUACAGGGCCAGGUCUCUCAGGAGAAGGAGCUGCGCACCGUGAUGGAGGGCUGUCUGAUGGAGGAGAAGAUGGCAUGGAGGGGCGUGCAGGCGGAGCUACGGGAGAGCGUCAAGCAAAUCCAGGGCCUGAACAGCACACUUCACACACUGCGAAGCACACACACGCAGCUCACACAGGCUACGGGGAAAGACGGUGGUGCUGUGUACUCGGAGAUGCUCUCCAAAAUGGAGUCAUGCGAGGAAAAACUAGCUGACAGCCUGAAAUCACUCUGCCAGAGUCUACAGCAUCUCUGUACUCCAGAGAAAAGCUCCAACAGCUGGCAAGGAGAAUCCUAGCACCCGUAUCAACUGCAGAGUUUCACUGACGGAGGGUGAACACACCACCCUGAACACAUGAACACACCGAACUGCCGGAGCUGGCCAAAGAGGAGCGAGAGACAGAGAGAGAGAGAGAGAGAGAGAGAGAGAGAGAGAGGUGGAGUUGUUGAAAAAUGAUCAGUCAGAGAAAGAACAAUGGAUAAAGAUGAAAAAAAAGAGGGUAUGCAAGGUAGUAAAUCGAUAAGCAGGUGAGUGGCCGAAGCUCCUCCCACACCUGCACUCCAGUCAGACUCGACAGUGCAUCACGGAAAUAAAAGAUGAAGACAAUCAAUCUGUAAACGUUGGGGGAACGAGAAACAUUCCUCACACACGACAGACAGAACACAGCGUGGACUCAAUAGCACGACGCGAUGCAAUGCUGUACUACAAAUCAAACCUCUGAGAAUUAUAUAGCAUAUGUGUUUGUUUAUAUAGAAAUUGAAUGAACUGAAUUGAAGCGUUCACACCAGGUAAAAAAAAUAAAAUAAGUACACCUGA